GCAUGAUUGGUUGCAUUAUAUUUGCUGGUCAUGUUUCGGGUAAAAAGAAUUCUGUUUCAUAUCUGAGCCCUGUUCGCCACCCACACAUCUCCCUAUAUGAUAGUAAACAACUACAGUUUAUAGCCCGAACUUAUUCAAAAUCAAACCAUGGCAGAAGAACCACUCAAAGAUUAUUCAUGCUACUAUCGUGCUUCAAAUCUGCAAACAGAGAUGCUACCGAUUGCAACACGUAUAGAUGAAAUGUUACUGCGGAUGGAAGAAUUCGAAAACUUACUAGAGUUGAUAAAACUGGAAUCCACUGUCACUACCCAACAGAACAUUCCCCGAAUACUACGGCUCAAACCGGAACUGGACGGUCUUUGCGAGAGACUAGAUCAACUGGAGAAAUUCGUUUCGAUGGUUUCGAAGAAUUUGGAUACCAUCGAACGCCAUGUGCAAAUUGCGGAGGAAGAACUAGAUAUACCAGACAAAACUAUAAACGUGUUGUUAAAAUCGUUGAAUAUUUUCGGUAAAUCUAAACAAGCAGAACGACAAACAAAUCGAAAUUUGACCAAUGGAAUGUAUGAAGCGCCUGUUAUUUUCAAAACAGAAGAUUAUUUUGGUAAACGAAGUACUGCCGAAGAAACGCCAGAAGGUGAAAUGGUGGAAAAGUGAUUCUCAGUUUCAAUAUUUUAUUAUUUAUCUAAAGUAGACAAUAAAUAUCCUUAUAGAAACUUUUUUGGUCAACACAUGUCACAGCUGAUGGAACGAAGAAACAUAUACACUUUCUCAAAGCAUGUCAGUAGUAUACGACGCAGUUUAUUUUAUGUUUCUUCCAAAUUUAAAAAUGGCAUUAACACAUGUAAGAAGUGUAAUUCUGACAAUAAACAUGUUCGUUUACUUAUA